AGCAUGAAUGGAAAGGAGGGGGUGUUCCCCACAACUAUAAAUAGGUGGCGUCUCCAUUCAGCUUUCAACUCAAUCUCAUCUCCUUUCCCAAUUCUAUCUCUCUCAUCUGCUGCUAACUCAUAAGAACUGAUCGUCAAUGACAUUCAAGUCUAGAUUCAUAAUGUCUGUCCCAGUCCUGGGACUGGCCCUGCUGCUGCUGGUGGUGGUAUCCGCGGUGGCAGAGGUGAUCGACACACGGUACAAGGACCCGAAACUGCCGAUGAACUUGCGGAUAAAGAUCCUGAUGAAGCAGAUGACGCUGGAAGAGAAAAUCGCGCAGAUGGCCCAAAUCAAUAGGCUGCAGGCGGAGGCAGACCCCAAGAUCCUGAGGGAAUACUCGAUAGGCAGUCUCAUCACUGCCCCCGACAGCCCGCCGGGGGGCAACCACCGUGCCACGGCGGAGCAGUGGGUGGACAUGGUGAACGGCUACCAGAAAUGGUCGUUGUCCCACAGGCUGGGGAUACCUAUGCUUUAUGCGACUGAUUCUGUGCAUGGGCAUAACAAUCUUUACAGGGCAACUGUUUUCCCUCACAAUGUCGGCCUCGGGGCAACCAGAGAUCCAGAGCUUGUGAAGAGAAUUGGAGCUGUGACAGCCAUCGAAACCAGGGCUACAGGCAUUCCUUACGUCUUUGCACCAUGCAUUGCGGUGUGUAGAGAUCCAAGAUGGGGUAGAUGCUAUGAAAGUUACAGCGAAGACCACAAAAUUGUUGAACAAAUGACAGACAUAAUUUAUGGUCUACAAGGAGAAAUUCCUCCCAAUUCACCAAAAGGUGUUCCCUACAUAGCUGGAAAGAAUAAUGUAGCUGCUUGUGCAAAACACUUUGUUGGCGAUGGAGGCACAGCAAAAGGGAUAAAUGAGAACAAUACAGUAACAGAUUGGCAUGGAUUGCUGAGUAUUCAUAUGCCUGGAUACUUCCAUUCCAUCAUCAAAGGUGUCUCCACUAUUAUGGUUUCUUAUUCAAGUUGGAACGGACAGAAGAUGCAUGCAAACAAGACUCUCGUCACCCAUUUCCUCAAAAACACUCUCAAAUUCAAAGGAUUUGUCAUAUCAGAUUGGCAAGGCGUGGAUAGAAUAACUUACCCUUCGGGUUCCAAUUAUUCUACCUCACUUCUUAGAGCAAUUAAUGCUGGCAUUGACAUGGUGAUGGUGCCACCAAAUAUUACAGAAUAUGUAAAGAUUAUAACUUCCCAUGUGAAGAACAAGUUAAUUCCAAUUAAUCGGAUCGACGAUGCAGUUAAAAGGAUUUUGAGAGUCAAAAUCACUUUGGGCCUUUUUGAAAACCCUUUAUCUGAUUAUAGCUUGGUUGGUGAAAUUAGAACUCAGGCUCACAGACAUUUGGCAAGAGAGGCUGUAAGAAAAUCACUUGUGCUCUUAAAGAAUGGAAAAGAUGCCAAGAAACCUUUAAUUCCACUUCCCAAAAAGACCUCCAAAAUCUUAGUUGCAGGAACACAUGCCAACAAUCUUGGACUACAAUGUGGUGCUUGGACUAUUACUUGGCAAGGACAAAAUGGACACAACCUCACAACCGGAACAACAAUACUGAAUGCAAUCUCAGCAACAGUGGAUCCCAGUACAGAUAUUGUCUAUAGCGAAAAUCCGGACGUUAUGUCAUUGAAGGCCAGCAAAUAUUCAUAUGCUGUUGUGGUGGUGGGAGAGCCCACCUACGCUGAAUCCGCUGGCGACAAUUUGAAUCUCACGAUCCCCGAACCUGGAUUGAGUACAAUGAUAAACGUCUGCAGCAAAGUUAAGUGUGUUGUGGUGUUGAUUUCAGGACGGCCGCUAGUGGUUGAGCCGUAUCUUCCGAUGUUGGACGCCCUGGUGGCUGCAUGGCUACCGGGAUCUGAAGGAGAGGGAGUAGCUGACGUGCUGUUUGGGGACUAUGGAUUUACUGGAAAAUUGCCAAGAACCUGGUUCAGGACUGUGGAUCAGCUUCCUAUGAAUGUUGGGGAUAAGCACUAUGAUCCACUUUUUCCUUUCGGCUUUGGACUCACCACAAAGCCCGUUAAUGGAUCAAUGGAGAUAGAGACCUAAUCGGUUUCUAUGGAUCAGCAGGGGAUGUUACUAGGUUGUAUUAUUUUAUGAGCUACUGAAAUAAUGUCAUAAUUAGCAAGUCAAGUUUGGGAAAUGUUAUUUUCUCGAACUGUUUUCAGUGUGAUAUGAACGAAGUUAUAAUUGAUAAAGAAAUUGUUUAU